AUACAGACAACACUUUCACCUGUAAAGUUAACCAAGGUUUCUCCAACAGCUUGGUGUCUAGCUCCAAAGUCAAGCUUUUUAGUGAACUGUCCAUGGAACUCCUUCUAGUCCCCAGUGAGGAGCCGUCUGGCUCAGGGACCCAGAAACUCAUAUGUUCUGGGUGGGGCUUCAACCCUAAAAUCAAGUGGCUCUCUGGGUCUGAACAGAGGUCUGCAGCAGACAAUGAGAUAAGGAUGGGGGAAGACGGACAUGUGGCACUAACCAGUCAUAUCACAGUAACACAGCAGGAGUGGAAUGAGGGGAAGGACUUCAUCUGUGAGGUAGAUGACAAAGAUCUUCAGAAAACUGUCAGGAAGAGCACCAGUUUAUGCACAGGUACUUUUCCCUCGUCUACUCCAUCCAUCCACCUGGAGACCCCCAGAUUCAGGACAGUGAUGACACAGACUGAGGUAACAGCUACAUGUGUGGUCCACUCUGCAUAUGACGCCAAAGUGUCCUGGCUUCUGGAUGGAAAACACCCAACCAGUAGGACCCCAGUGAACCAGGCCAGCAGGACAACUCAGAGCAUCAGCAGUAACCUGACUCUUCCCUCAAGCCAAUGGAAAACCCUGAACACAAUAACAUGCAGAGCUGAACAUCGCUGCUUCAACUCCACAGAGAAGACGAGUAAUGUUAAAGGACCUGCAGUGAGCAGCACUACCACAGUGCUGAUCAGGAGGUCUCUCCCAGAGUUACUGAAGGGAGACAGUGCUGUGCUGGAGUGUGCCAUCACACAACUCUCCUCCAGUGACCUCUACGUCACCUUUCAGUCCAAUGGGGUUGAUUUCCCUGAGAAACAGUAUGUGGAUCUGCCUGCCUCCAAUGGCCCCCAUUCCCUCACCAGACGGUUCUCUAUCCCCAAAUCACACUGGAAUACAGACAACACUUUCACCUGUAAAGUUAACCAAGGUUUCUCCAACAGCUUGGUGUCUAGCUCCAAAGUCAAGCUUUUUAGUGAACUGUCCAUGGAACUCCUUCUAGUCCCCAGUGAGGAGCCGUCUGGCUCAGGGACCCAGAAACUCAUAUGUUCUGGGUGGGGCUUCAACCCUAAAAUCAAGUGGCUCUCUGGGUCUGAACAGAGGUCUGCAGCAGACAAUGAGAUAAGGAUGGGGGAAGACGGACAUGUGGCACUAACCAGUCAUAUCACAGUAACACAGCAGGAGUGGAAUGAGGGGAAGGACUUCAUCUGUGAGGUAGAUGACAAAGAUCUUCAGAAAACUGUCAGGAAGAGCACCAGUUUAUGCACAGGUACUUUUCCCUCGUCUACUCCAUCCCUCCACCUGGAGACCCCCAGAUUCAGGACAGUGAUGACACAGACUGAGGUAACAGCUACAUGUGUGGUCCACUCUGCGUAUGACGCCAAAGUGUCCUGGCUUCUGGAUGGAAAACACCCAACCAGUAGGACCCCAGUGAACCAGGCCAGCAGGACAACUCAGAGCAUCAGCAGUAACCUGACUCUUCCCUCAAGCCAAUGGAAAACCCUGAACACAAUAACAUGCAGAGCUGAACAUCGCUGCUUCAACUCCACAGAGAAGACGAGUAAUGUUAAAGGACCUGCAGUGAGCAGCACUACCACAGUUCUGAUCAGGAGGUCUCUCCCAGAGUUACUGAAGGGAGACAGUGCUGUGCUGGAGUGUGCCAUCACACAACUCUCCUCCAGUGACCUCUACGUCACCUUUCAGUCCAAUGGGGUUGAUUUCCCUGAGAAACAGUAUGUGGAUCUGCCUGCCUCCAAUGGCCCCCAUUCCCUCACCAGACGGUUCUCUAUCCCCAAAUCACACUGGAAUACAGACAACACUUUCACCUGUAAAGUUAACCAAGGUUUCUCCAACAGCUUGGUGUCUAGCUCCAAAGUCAAGCUUUUUAGUGAACUGUCCAUGGAACUCCUUCUAGUACCCAGUGAGGAGCCGUCUGGCUCAGGGACCCAGAAACUCAUAUGUUCUGGGUGGGGCUUCAACCCUAAAAUCAAGUGGCUCUCUGGGUCUGAACAGAGGUCUGCAGCAGACAAUGAGAUAAGGAUGGGAGAAGACGGACAUGUGGCACUAACCAGUCAUAUCACAGUAACACAGCAGGAGUGGAAUGAGGGGAAGGACUUCAUCUGUGAGGUAGAUGACAAAGAUCUUCAGAAAACUGUCAGGAAGAGCACCAGUUUAUGCACAGGUACUUUUCCCUCGUCUACUCCAUCCAUCCACCUGGAGACCCCCAGAUUCAGGACAGUGAUGACACAGACUGAGGUAACAGCUACAUGUGUGGUCCACUCUGCGUAUGACGCCAAAGUGUCCUGGCUUCUGGAUGGAAAACACCCAACCAGUAGGACCCCAGUGAACCAGGCCAGCAGGACAACUCAGAGCAUCAGCAGUAACCUGACUCUUCCCUCAAGCCAAUGGAAAACCCUGAACACAAUAACAUGCAGAGCUGAACAUCGCUGCUUCAACUCCACAGAGAAGACCAGUAAUGUUAAAGGCUCAGUGACCCCCUCCGCACCAACAGCAACCCUGCUCCAGGAUCCCAGUGAGCUCGUCUGCCUGGUGCUUGGCUUCAGCCCUUCAGACAUCAACAUCACCUGGCUGCUGGACAACGUCACAGAGCUGUGGAACAACAACACUAGCACCCCCUACAGGGCACCAGGAGGAAAGUUCGGCAUCAGGAGCCACCUGAGCCUGGCACACCAGGAUUUGACACCGGGGGCUGUUUACACCUGCAGGGUGACCCACACCACCCAGACUCUGGCCCUGAACAUAUCCAAACCAGAGAUCCUUGAGGUGGAGGGUGUCUUCUUUGACGAGAACAGGUCUGAUCCCAUUCUGGCGGACACUGCAGAGGAGAACUGGAACAUGGCCUGCAGCUUUCUGGUCCUCUUCCUCAUCUCCCUCCUCUACAGCUUCAUAGUCACUCUGGUCAAGACAAAAUGAUGACUUCAGGACACUUCCUGAUGACUUCAGGACACUAUAUGAUAGAUCCCUAGGAGUUCAACUGGAAAUGAAACCAUUUGUUUCUUUAGAAAAUUGCAUAGAUUUAAUUACUUACGGUUUCCUGUAGCUGGUGACAGGGAAGUGUUAGAUGACAGGGAAGUGUUUGAUGACAGGGAAGUGACAGGGAAGUGUUAGAUGACAGGGAAGUGACAGGGAAGUGUUAGAUGACAGGGAAGUGUUUGAUGACAGGGAAGUGACAGGGAAGUGACAGGGAAGUGACAGGAAAGUGACAAGGAAGUGACAGGGAAGUGUUUGAUGACAGGGAAGUGUUUGAUGACAGGGAAGUGUUUGAUGACAGGGAAGUGACAGGGAAGAAACAGGGAAGUGUUCGAUGACAGGGAAGUGACAGGGAAGUGUUCGAUGACAGGGAAGUGUUUGAUGACAGGGAAGUGUUUGAUGACAGGGAAGUGACAGGGAAGUGACAGGGAAGUGACAAGGAAGUGACAGGGAAGUGUUUGAUGACAGGGAAGUGUUUGAUGACAGGGAAGUGUUUGAUGACAGGGAAGUGACAGGGAAGUGACAGUGAAGUGUUUGAUGACAGGGAAGUGUUUGAUGACAGGGAAGUGACAGGGAAGUGACAGGGAAGUGUUUGAUGACAGGGAAGUGACAGGGAAGUGACAGGGAAGUGUUUGAUGACAGGGAAGUGACAGGGAAGUGACAGGGAAGUGUUUGAUGACAGGGAAGCGACAGGGAAGUGUUUGAUGACAGGGAAGUGUUCUUGUUUUUAUUCCCCCACUAGGACAGACAAUGUGGUGGUGCGCUUACUUGCUCUCAUCUCUUGCUAAUGCGUUAUAGAAUUUUUGAGCAGAGAUAUAAAACAAAAUGGAUGUUUAACCUCGAUUAAAUAAGGCCGACCAUUACUCUCUAUAAUGAAGUAUUUAGACACCAGUAAUUGCUGAAUUAUCUGCUGAUAAUAAAACAUUAUUUCAAACAAC